AAAGGUAGUGGAAGCAACCUCAGAGCAAGUUUAACAAUUGCUAUCUUUGAGUCAGACACACACAGAGGGAUUUUUCUUUCAAAGCCAAACUGCUUCGGUGGAGUUCAGGGUAGAGCAUAUGGAGACAAACUACAGAGAAACACUGCAGGCAGACUUUGAUGCAUUUGAUAUAUCUGAAGAGCUCGGAUUUAUCCUUGAAGAGCCACUGACUCACCUUCCAGAUUAUUAUCAGGUGUGGUUGGACUUGGCAAAUAACCUGACACAUUUGAUUGAGUCACGUAAACUGCGAGAUGUCGUUCAUAAGAUGCCAAUUUUGAGUCCCCAUCAUUUAAGUAACCAUCGGGAGCUCCGGCUGGCCCAUCUUGCCCUGGGGUUCAUCAGUAUGGGAUAUGUAUGGCAAGAGGGACAACAUGAGCCUGCACAGAUUCUCCCCAAAGCCCUGGCCUGGCCUUACUGGCUAAUAUCUCGCAGGCUCGGCCUUCCACCUAUUCUGACCUAUGCAGAUUCGGUUUUAGCCAACUGGAAAUUAAAGGAUCCCACAGGGGACAUGGAAAUUGGGAACAUGGACUUAAUAUUUUCCUUUCCUGGAGGGGAGACUUGCAGGGGAUUUUUUAUGGUGUCGUUGCUGGUGGAGAUGGCUGCCAGCUCAGGCAUAACGGGAUCCCUGGAGGUGAUGCACGCCAUGAAAAUCUCCGACCUAAUUGGCAUACAGAAAGGCCUAAUCAAAGUAACACAGUCUCUGAAGAAAAUGAAGGAAACAUUCCAACUCAUGCACAAUCACGUGGAGGCAACCGCAUUUCAUGGAACAUUGAGGAUUUUUGUCUCAGGGUGGCGAGAUAACCCCAUGCUUCCAAGAGGGCUCCUGUACGAAGGCGUCAGCAACGAGCCGGUUUUGCUGUCAGGUGGAAGUGCAGCGCAGAGCUCAGCCAUUCAGUGCUUUGAUGCUUUGCUAUGCAUUCAACAUGAGGGCGAGACAGGAGCCUUCCUGACACGCAUGAGAGAUUACAUGCCCCCUGCACAUCGUCAGCUGAUUGAAACUCUGUCUGUCUGUCCGUCGCUUCGAGAUUUCAUUACGACUUGCUCCGACUCUGACCUCUGCCAGGCCUACAACUCCUGCGUCUCUGCUCUGGUGGAUUUACGGAGCUAUCAUCUCAAUACCGUGGCCAAGUACGUCAUUGUGCCUGGUAACCGUGCCAGAGCCAUGGGCUGCCCUCUCAGAGGAGUGGGUACUGCCCUCAACACCACUGGGACUGGCGGCUCGAAUCUCAUGGUUUUCCUCAAGACCGUUCGUAACACCACCCAGAAAGCACUGAUCUUAGAAAGACCCACAACAUCAAGAAAAACAUAAAUUGGGAUAUUUAUAUUGUCGUCUGCAGGGAUGCGUAAAAUAUUUUUAUGAACUGUAUUUAUGAAAAUUUUACUAAAAGAUGUAUAUGUGCAAUUAUUUUCAGGAAUUUUUAAAUGUGGCAGUAAUAUUUCAGUUCUUGCUUCAGUAAACUCGUGUUGCAGUGAACUGUAAUAACUGGUUCCUCUUUUAGAACCGUACAAACGGUUGGACUUCUCUUUUAGCAACCGCAAGCUGGACAGCCAGUUAGGUUACAUUGUGUCGUCACUGUGGAGAGAGAGGGGGGGAGACACCAACAUUGAAACAGAAAUCGUUCAAAUAAAGCCUUCCAGCUACACUGUUUGUGCUUGAUUUUAGCCGCUGUUACGUUUUUCCAAGCUAAUCCAGUCCAACAUACAUAAAAUAAACCUCAGAAAGAGAGAUAAUCAUUAAGGAUUAAUUUCAGAGCAAUUUUCUGAUAACUUUUCUUAAUAGUAACGUCAACAGUAUUUUUCUGUGAUCUGUGGUUAACUUGAAAAUAAUAAUUUAUGAUCAAGUGAUUUGACAGAACAAACACUGAGGAGUAAAACUUUGCCUUUGCCAUUGAUUUCUUCCUGUUUGAACUGUGAGACUCAGAGUUGCCUUCCCCCUCAUUAAUGAAUAUGUAUACACAGAAGCUUUCAAAAUUUCACAAAUAUUUCUUGAUAUAUCAAGUUUUUUGUAAUGCAAAGAACAGGUUAUGACAAAUCCUUUCCAAGCUUUUUCUAUUUUACAUGAUACAUAUAUCUUGCUACAUCCAAUGUCUCAUAUCCAGCUGAAGAAAAAUGACCUCAGAGGCUAAUAUUCUGUUGGGGAUGCACUGUAUUGUGUUUAUAUAUAAUUUUUCUUGUUGGAAUCGUGAUUGAAAACUUUUUUUUCCCCAUCAGACUGUAGCACAUUCUCCUACUACAUAUGGGGGAAUAUUAGCUAGGCCGAUUUUUCUCUGAAGAAUUAAAUUCUGUUUUUUAACCCAA